CGUUUCGUCGAUCGAGCGCGUCGCGUCCUCGCCGCGGUCUGCGAUUGUUUGUUUGACAACGUCGUCGAUUCCGUCGUCGUCGAUUCCGCCGUCGAACAUAUAUCCGCGCCGAACCGCGCGCGAUCCGCGCUGUGCACGACGUUGCCAUGAGCGCGAGGGACAGCGUAGAAUCGAAGGAAGCGUGGCUUCCGUCGCGACUACUAUGAUAUCCCGCGACCAAACGAUCCUCAAAGAGAGAGAAAGUGGGAGAGGGAGAAAAAAAGGGACUAUAAGCAAAGGGUACGAGGAGCCGGUGCGUGCAGUGCGGGGGCCGCAGAUCGGCUCGAAAGGGAGGAGAAAAAUGAGGGCCUCGUUGCUGUUGCUGGGGGGCAUCGUGGUACUCUCGGUCGCGGUCGCAAGAGCUCUUUCGUGUGUGUGCUCGCCCCUCGAGUGUGACGUUCUUACGGACGAGGAUUGCCCCGGAGGCCUUACCUCGGACCCCUGCGGAUGCUGCAAAGUAUGCGCCCGCGUCGAAGGAGAGCCGUGCGGCGGCCUGUUCGGCUUUUCCGGAAGCUGCGCGGACGGGCUCCAGUGCGUCAUCAAAAAUCUGUUGCCCAGCACGCGGGAGGUCGACGAGGGUAUCUGCACGAAGAUUCCGGGAAGAUGGAGGAGGCACUGUCCGCUCGGGCCGGUAAUGUCGGAGGCCGGAUGCAACUUGGUUUCCGAGGGGAUCACCGGGGAGAACGGGAACAAGGUGUCGACCGGGAAAUGCGUCUGCGGGCCGCCGGUGCCUUGGUGUCCAGAUGAACCACGGCCUUACGUUUACCAGACGCGAUACGAGUGCAAGCUCAAUUUGAUUGCGAAAAUGGGAUACGAUGACCUCUUUAAUUCCGGAGACACGGUGGCGGACGACGACGACGCCGACGCCGACGCCGACGCCGACGAAGCCGGCGACGCCGAAGGAGAGGACGUCCGCGGCGCCGAGUGUCCAGAGGACAGCGUCACAGACGAGAACGGCGGUUGCAAAUGCGCGCCGGAUUGUCCGACGACGAUAUGUCUACCGGGUGAACAUCCGGUCGAGGUGAAACCCGCGGACCCACGAACGCCUGGAAGCUGUUGCGCCCAAUACGACUGCGUUCCAACGGCGACAACGAAGAAGUCGGCGAGAUACUGUAUCCACGAGCACAAAGCGAAGAAGCCCGGCGAACAAUGGCAGCAGUCGGAUUGCGUGCACUGCGUCUGCGAGGAGGAGGAGGUGAUCAUCACCUGUCUGGAGACGAUGUGCAAAGCGUGCGAGAACGCGAUCGCCCCGAAACCGGGCGAGUGCUGUCCCCAUUGUCCGAUCCCGACGAACGCGUCCCUCGCGGAGCCGAAGUCCCCUUGCCAGACGGCGAUGGAUGGUUGCUCGAUCAACUGCGAACACGGAUACGAGACGGACGAAAACAAUUGUCCCGUUUGCAGCUGCGUCACCGACAAGGUGACCGACGAGGAGGCGUCCACCGAGCAGUCGACCGUCGUGCCGGAUUCGUGUCUGCCCGUGCCGUUCUGCGAGCCGAGCUGCGACCUCGCCAGGGACGAGGAGGGCUGCCCGGUUUGCAGCUGCCAGAUUCCCCAGGCCUUCGACGAGCCCACGAACGAGACGGUCGUGAUCGACGAGACCGGCAAGAAGAUCUGCCCGGAAGUGAAGUGCGACCUCCACUGCGAGCGGGGGUUGCUCAUGGACGAGAACGACUGCACGUUCUGCAAGUGCAGGGCCCCGGAGUCCGACUGUCCGCCCCUGGUCGGCUGCAGGAAACGUUGCACCUACGGAUACAAGACGAACAGACGCGGUUGUUCCAUAUGUCGGUGUAAAGCUUCCUGCACCGAUCGCCUGAACACUACGCAUCCCGAAGGAUCGACCUGGCACCCUAACGCGUGCACCUCGUGCACCUGCCAAACCGGAGGUCGGCUCAGCUGCAGAGAAACGAUCUGCUCGGUCGCUUGCAGCGACCCCUCGCCGCCCAAGCCCGGAACCUGCUGUCCGAUCUGCCCGAUCGCGCCCUCGAAGGAGAACGAUGCGGCCGGUCACCACGGCACGAGGGGCUGGGGCACCGCGCCGAUCACCCUGAUCGCGAUACUGACGUUGCUGUGCCUGCUUCUGAUCGUGCACAUCGUCCGCAGCCGAUUCCGCGGCAGACUCUCGCCCUCCGAGACCACGACCUGCUCGUCCUGUCCGCCGCAGUACUACAAAUACGUUCCGGCGUACGACACACCGACGCACCGGCACGAGAAGAUCGUACCGUUGUAGAAGACUGGAAAGGUCGCGGACGUGUCGGGGAAAGAGGAACAACAGGAAGAACAGGAGGAGGAACGGCAACGGCAGGAACAAGAACGCGAGGACGUGGACGCGCGCGUUCGUCGUCGACGGGACGGCGAGGUGCGGCGUGCGACGAUCGGAAACGUGGAACGGGCCGACGGGAACCGAUCGCGCGGGCAUCCUUCCACCGGUUGUGUCGUGCCACGCGUAGCUUCAGUAUUAUUCGUAAGAUAGCAGACGGCGUUGCGACUCGAAUAGGGAAGAGAGCGAGAGAGAGAGAGAGAGAGAGAGAGAGAGAGAGGAGAACGACGUCGGAACGAAGGGCGACGGACGAGGCUCGCGGCGCGGCCGCCGUCGCCGCGACGUCCCCGCCGGGCCCGAUUCGACGUCGAACAGAGAGUUCGCGGCGAGCGAUUCGCCCGGCUGAACGCAAGAAGCGAACUAGUCGUUGUUAGUUGCGGCGUUUACGCGCAACCCGGCGUUUACGCGAGUCCCGUUGUAACCUGUAAAUUCUAAUGUAAAAGCUCCCUAGCGUUAACUACCGCGACGAUGUAAGAGUAUAAAUGUACUAAGAAUAAGCAAACUGUGCUAGAGGCCCACCCAGUCACCGAGAACCGUAGAAGAAAAAGGGAGAGAGAGAGAGAGAGAGAGAGAGA